CGUGGGAACGUUUCUACAACUUUCGAAUAUUUAGCAAAAUUAUAUUCCGUAACAAAGGAUUUUGUUGUGAGAAAUUCCAUAAUUAUUACAAGGUAUUUAAUAGUAUGCAAUGAUGUUAAUAAUGUCUGAAUAUAUUAUGGGGAAUUCUGUUAUAUGGAUGUGGUACGGGCGGUAGAUUGAAAGAAUCCGAUGGCAAGUGGCAACGACGUUGAUCUUUCUUGUUCUCCAACCAAACCAAAAAUUUCUUGGCUUGCUCUACAGAAAAAUCGCACGGAAAAGGAAAAAGUCCUCGUUUGGUCUUUGCAAUUUUACCUAUUCAAUCGCCGCAAAGACCGUACAUUUUCAGUGCAAUUCGUCACUUCUUUUAACCCCCUUCUCCAUCCUCGCCUCUGCCGAGGCACCAGUUUUCCUUGGUUCUUGCUCUCUGGUGAGAAACCUGUUUCCCUGCUCAGUUCAUCUCCUCUUUCACUCAGUCAUUUCAGACUUGUGCUUUUAAUCCAAUCCCUCAAAGCUCCACUCUCAAAAAAGGAAGAAUCUUCAAUCUUUUUUCGUCCCCAUUCGGGAGUUAGAGGGAUUUGAUUUAGCCUUCUAGGAUUUGAGGUUUGUGUUGAGGGCAAAAUUACAAAGAUGUCUUCUGCUGGUUUGGUUUCCAUUGUCCCGGUUGGUGAGGAGAGCGUGAUUUUUUCGCCUCCUCCAUCACUUGAAAAUAGCCAAGAAUCGAUUUUGAUAUACGUGGCUAUGUCAGGUUCAAUGGUCCCAAUGCAGGUUUUGAAGUCGGAUUCAAUUGAAUCCGUGAAGCUCAGGAUUCAGACCUGUAAAGGAAUUUUUACUAGAAAACAAAAAUUGGUUUGUGGAGGUAGGGAAUUAGCACGGGGUAAGUCCCUUGUUCAGGACUAUGGUGUGCAUGAUGGGAAUGUUGUGCAUUUAGUCCUCCGACUUGCAGAUCUGCAAGUUAUUAAUGUUAUUAAUGUGAGUACAUGCUGUGGGAAAGAUUUCACCUUUCACGUGGAGGGGAGCCGGGAUGUUGGCUAUAUCAAGCAUCAGAUAGCAAAGAAGAGAAAUUUGGAGAGAUUUGACGAUGAAGAGAUCUUGCUUAAUGGCGAGCCUGUCAAGGAUCAGAGGUUGAUAAAUGAUCUCUCUAAGAAUAAUAGUGAUGCUGUCAUUCAUUUGUUUGUGCGGAGGUCUGUGAAAAUCAGAGCUGCACCAAUUGGGAAGAACUUCGAGCUGUCUAUCACUGCGCCACAGCAGAACAACGUGAAAGAAUGUGAUGUGGAUAGGGAAAAUGGUCAUGGGGCUGAUUCAGAGAGUGGGCAUAAUCUGUAUGUGCCGGGGAAGCCUUCACGUAGGAAGACAUUAUUGGAGCCUGUGAUUGUUAAUCCAAAGAUUGAAUUGCCUAAGGAAAUCAGUGAUCUGAUUAAAUCUACUUUGGCUGGGUUAGAUAGUGGGAAUUAUCCAAUUAGGUCUUCAGAGGGUACUGGGGGAGCAUAUUUUAUGCUGGAUGCAUCUGGGGGCAAGUACUUAUCGGUUUUUAAGCCAGUUGAUGAGGAGCCCAUGGCUAUAAAUAACCCUCGAGGGCUGCCCUUGUCAGAAGAUGGUGAAGGGUUGAAAAGGGGGACCACAGUUGGGGAGGGUGGAAUCCGGGAAUGUGCAGUCUACAUACUGGAUCAUCCAAAGAGUGGUCACAGGUCAUUUACUGGUGAACUUAGGGGUUUCGCUGGGGUUCCUCCAACGGUUUAUGUCAGGUGCCUCCAUGAAGGUUUUAAUCAUCCAGGAGGUGUGUGUGUCAAGACUGGGUCCUUGCAGAUGUUCAUGGAGAACAGUGGAAGUUGUGAGGAUAUGGGGCCUGGGGCUUUUCCAGUUAAGGAGGUACACAAGAUUGCAGUACUAGAUAUGAGGUUGGCCAAUGCUGAUAGACAUGCUGGGAAUAUAUUAAUCAGUAAAGGUGCAGAUGGCCAAACUGUGCUAAUUCCCAUUGAUCAUGGCUAUUGCUUGCCAUUUAGUUUCGAAGAUUGUACCUUUGAGUGGCUUUAUUGGCCACAAGCUCGCCAGCAUUUUACUGUUGACACCAUUGAAUAUAUAAGGGCAUUGGAUGCCGAAGAAGACAUUGCCUUGCUCAGGUUCUAUGGAUGGGACCUGCCACUUGAAUGUGCUCGAGUGCUACGCAUCUCCACCAUGCUUCUGAAGAAAGGUGUGGAGAAAGGGCUCACUCCAUUUGCGAUCGGUAACAUGAUGUGCAGAGAGAACGUGAGAAAGGAAUCUGUUAUCGAGGAGAUUGUCCGAGAAGCAUGGGAUUCUGUGCUUCCUGGCUCCAGUGAAGCUGCGUUUCUUGAUUCUGUCUCCAGCAUCAUGGAUCGUCGUCUUGAGGAGAUCGUUUAACCACAUACUUCUCAAUAAUCCGUACAUAGGUUUGUCGUACAUAAUGCACAUAGGGAGUUGGUUCUGGAUAACUUAGUUGGCAUUCUUCAGUCUCAGGGAUAAUUUCCUUCUGAUUCUUUAUUGUCCAUAAGACAUAUCACAAUGUACUUUUUGUAGAAAUUUCAGUGUCCAGCUUUAGAAACAGAACUAGAGAUAUUGAGGUCUAGUGUUUCAGCUGUUAUACUGUGUCGUUGCUUAUCAGCCUCCAAUAUUUAUCAAAGGAAGUUGAAAGGAGUAAGCAGAGAGUUAUGAUUUGAAGCAAUUUUAAGACUCUAUUGGAUCUUCUAUUA